AUGACAUUUUACCUUUUUGGCAGUGCGUUUAUAGGGUGGUUGUAAGGAGGCGUUAUAGUCGUCAUGUUCCGCUGUAGCUCAGCUGCACGAACUGGACGAGUUGAUGUCAGGGUUUUUGGAUAUGAUAAGCUGUGGGAUUUGCGGAAAGCAAAUGGCAAAUGCGGAUGGAAAGUGGGCAUUUACGACCAGAUACCAGAACAUCAUCCUGCUCGUGUCUCUAUCACUAGCUGGCGAAAUAGACAGCAGACAAGCCCUUAUUACUGCUGAGUCCAUCAGAAAAGCGAAGCCAAAAAUGUGCCAUGAGCACGUAGUGCAAGCGGCACACUGUAUGCUGGCUAAGAUGGCAAUGGCAGGGAAGGGUAUCAGCUAUUGCGAUGAUCCCAAUGCUUUGCGCAGUACAGCAUACGUAACCAAUGGAGACAUCCCAGAGGAUUUGAUCGUUGUUUUUAAUCGAAUGGCAAAAGGUAGCGACGUCACCAUCACUGCUCUUCAAGUUAGCAGAUUUCUGAAUGACGCUUUGAAACGAUAUUACGAUACACCGCUAUGGCCAAUCUCUGAAACGAUCUUAAUGAAAGGUAGAAGGAAGAAGAGUGAGCCACCAGAAAAUCCUGUUCUCAACACUGCGAACAUUCCCUCAUUUUCGAAGACAAUUAAGGAUGAGAUCAUACUCGAUGGCACAUCGGAGUGUUCCAUGAUUAUCGAAAAGACAGAUCCAGAUGAGUCGGAUUAUCAUAUUCCUGUGAAGGAGGAGAUCCCAAGUCAGUCCUGUCCCCGAUGUGGGCGCAGGUUAAUCGUCAAACAACCGAUUGACGUUGCGACUACGAACGUUGACGGAUCUAUUUGCAAACAGUGCAGCAUAAGUACAUCACCUGUGCGGCUUUGGGGAGACCGUGUCGGGCCGAGUGGGGAAGGAGCGUACAAAGGAAAUGUAGCAGCUUCCACAGCUGCUGUAACGACCGGUUUACAGUACCGGAAGCUCGAACGAUGGGCCAGUCAGCUGAAUUUGGCUUUAUUUUCAAAAUGUUUCUACAAAGACAUUUCCGUGUUGACAAAACUGACGAAACGAAAUGAUUCUUGGAAGAACCAUACACAUUUGUUACCUUUCGAUGUGAAAAAUGGACGAACAAGAAGGAGGCGUGGGGGAAGUCAAGUAAGUUUUGAAGUUUGUUCGAAAUUCUUCUGA